AUGGCACGUCAUAUCUGCACUCUCCUAACGUGCCGUCACUCCGUAGUCUUCACCGCCCUACUACUCGGCUUCCUACAGCUCACCGUAUUCGCCUCGCUAGCUUCUUCAUCUGUCGCUACGAUUGCGCCUGCUCUCGCCUCCGCUACCGCCUCAGGUGCCCAACUACCCAGUAGCAUUGCUCAAACUGAAACCAAUACCAAUACUAUCGCAUCGUCGUCCGCGAAUGAACAUGGAAGCUCCACUACGGCUUCGCCACUUGCACCACUUGCGCCACUUAGUGGCUCUACUGUCGAGCCCGUGGCUGGCGCCGAAACGGCUCUAGAGUCCAUUAGCACCGCAUCACCGGCUACUUCAACAACAAGCACCACAACUACUAUGGCCACGACUACGUCCGAACACGACAUCAUCGGCUCACCGGGUCCGGACAAGCGCGAGCAGGAGGCCAUACUGAAAGCGUUGGAUUGGUUGAAGGAGAAACGAGCUGCGGAUUAUGGUUGGGGCAAUGAUACACAUGUCGUUAUAUUGGCAAAGGAGUUGUCGGGUGCACGCGAUCCUUCCGAUACUGAUGGCCACUUGCAAGUUAUUCAAGAACUGGAAGACACAUUGUCCGUCAAGGAGAUGGAAAUCGAAAUUUUAGCUAUGCUCGAUCGCCAUCAUAUGCUGCCGAAACCGCUGAAUUUGGAGAAACUUGCGCGCUAUGUACUUGCACUUGGCUCACUCUGCAAGGAUCCGAAACAUUUCCAUGGUCAUGAUUUGGUUGCCACGCUUCAGCAUCAUGAACCGGCGCAAGAUAAUGAGUUCGCUUUGGCCACGCUAUCGGCAUGCAGCGCCGCUGCGCAUGUGCGCAAGCGUCAGAUACGCCGACUGCUGGACAUUGCGAGCGGCGUAACAGAUCAGGGUGUGGACACAAUUGCAAUGGUUAUAUUGGCGCUACGCUGCAUUGUGACCGAUCAUCGGCAUCGCCAUCUACAGCACUUUGUACGACGGCCUGCCAGAGGAUUGGCCAGUUUGCAGGAUCCACGCGGCAGCUUCGGUUCGCUACGCAGUACUGCCUUGGCUAUGCAGGCAUUACAAGAUCUUGAACAUGAUCCAGCUGGCUCGUGGAACCGCACUGCCGCUUCAAGGUGGAUAUUAAGUCGACAGCGCACAGACGGUGGCUGGACUGAGGAGCCAUUGCACGACGGUCAGGACCCCGGCAUCGGCGUCGGAUUGACAGCAGAUAUUAUACUGGCACUGGGCUGGAAAGGACUAGGUGCGGUGCGUGCACUCCAGUGCGAUCAUGUGAUACGCGAGAACAGUGAUCCCACCUCAGAAAAUGGCGAACCAAAACUAGCUGUGCCCUAUGGACUGACCUCAUCGGCCGAAGAAUCAGACUCGAAGAAUGUCUCCUACACAUACACACUUUGGGUGGGCUCAAAUGUGACGGAAUCGUUUUCCCUUUCGCUGGUUUCACCAAAGAACACUAGCUUCUUCAAGGCCAUGACACAGGCUGCCGAGAUGGACCAGAGAUUUGCUUUCGAGGCGCGCGAAUGGCCCAACGGACACUAUGUACAUACAUUAGCUGGAAAAAAGGAAGAGCCAAGGGGGUACAACUACUGGCUCCUGUAUCGUUUGCCCGAACUACCCGAUCCCAAUAAUGCACCUGGCAAUCAGCUGAUUGCACCAGUCGGUGUUGAUGAGCUCUUGGUCGAGGAUGGGGAACACUAUCUCUACUGGUAUAAAAAGCUCUAAGCUGUCUAAGCAAAACUCACACACAGCAAUACAAGUAAAAGCAAGAAAAUAGGUGGAAGAAGCAGAAAGCAUACUAUAGAAAAAGAUAAAAAUAUAAAAAUAAAAAAAUAAAAAAUAAAAAAAUAAAAAAAAAUUAAAAAAAAAAUUAAAAUAAAAAUAUACAUACAUACAAUAUACUGCUAUCAAUACCAAGAGGCCAUAAAUGAUAAAACAAAUGCGAAUACAAAUAUAUACACCAACAUAUACAUAAAUUUACGAUAAAUACAGUUUAAGCAUAAAAACGAUUCUAAAAUUUAGAACAACAAAAACAAAAAGCGAGAAUAAAAAAACUACCAGAUAAUUAAUACCAUAAUCAAACCAAAGUUCCGCGCUUUAGCAAAGGCAAACGCAAAAUUCAAAUAGCAAAAGAAAUUAUUUUUAGAAAUAAAAAAUUAAAAGUGAAAAAAUGAGAAAAUAUUAUAUUAAAACACAAGAACCUUGACAUACAAAAAAAGGCAACAAAAAUGCCACUAAUAAAGUAAAAAUAAUAGUCAAAAAAAAAUUGAUCAACGUGAUAAGGCAUGUGAAGGAUAACAAUAAAGAAGGUGCACAGAAGCACCACUUCACACACACAUCAACAUACACAAGCGCGAAAGCAAAGGAACAGACUUACUUACACAUACAGAAAUACAUAUAAAUGCACACAUACAUACAUACAAACACUCAUACAAAAUGGAAAUUAAUUAAUAUUAAAGAGAAAAGCAAGCAAAAUUGAACGUCCAUGUUAACUAAAUCCUGUCGUCGCUAUAAUAAUAAAGCACACAAUAAAACGUAUUACACACACACA